CAGAGUACAAGGUUCAACGAUGUCAUGUUAUUUGUAAUUUUGCUAUGAGAACCAGUAAAACAAAUACAUUUAGUCGCCGGUGACCUCACCGUACGCAGAGGUUGUUCGGAUUCUCGGAGAAAAGACAUUAAAUGAGGGAAUACAAAUCCGCGGGCUGCUCCUUGCAGGACUAUGCAGUAUUUUCGUCCCUAGAAUUUUGCGCUUUAAAAUUGUCCAAGGAUCCUCCAAAAGUCUUCUCAUUCUCAAAAUUUCACAUACCCUCUGUUCCUAUUAGCAUUUCUAUUGCCCAAAAGAGCCCAAAAAAUACCAGCAUAACCUACCUCCAGAAUGGCAGCUUCCAGGGUCUGGCUUAUCACCGGAGCAUCUUCUGGCAUCGGGUUGGAGCUCGCAAAGGUUGCCGCCAGUCGGGGAGACCGUGUUAUUGCAGCAACACGAUCUCCUCAGAAAAUCGAGGCUCUUGGUUUACAUGCAAAUAUCAAGGCCGCUCGACUCGACCACAAUGAAUCCUUGCCUCACGUUAAAUCUGCAGUUGAAGAGAUUAUAAACAUUUUCGGCACCGUCGAUAUGGUUGUAAACAACGCAGCCUAUGUCCAAACCGGCAUGCUAGAGGAGACCUCUCCGGAGGAAACCCUUGAACAAUUCCAGGCCAAUGUCUUGGGCCCUUUGAAUGUCUAUCGCGCUAUCCUACCUCAUUUACGCGAGAAACGAUCCGGCACACUGGUGACUGUUGGCUCGAUGGCAGCGUGGUAUCCCAUGCCCGGCUGCAAUCUCUACGACGCAUCGAAGGCAGCGCUUCGCUGGCUAGGCAUCGGCCUGUCCGGUGAAAUUUCACAGUUUGGCAUUCGUCAUACCCUGAUAGAACCUGGCUUCUUCCGAACCGAUUUACUCAACCCAAGCGCAAACUUUGCCACCACCGAUGCGUCGAAACGGCUGCCGGCCUACGCAGAUAGCAACGCUGUCACUGAUUCGAAUUUUGUGAAUUUCCACGGUAAACAGUUGGGCAAUCCUGUAAAGGGAGCUGAAGUUUUAUAUGAUGUAAUAACGUCAAGUGGGAUUGCUGCGGGCAAGGAGUUACCGGAUUUCUUCCCCCUUGGCAGCGAUGCAAGCACAGAGAUUUCGAAAGCUGCUGCUCAAACUAUUGCCACAGUAGAUGCAUGGCGUGAAAUCAGUGCUUUGAGCGAUUUCCCAAGCGGUCAAUAAAUGGAAAUUACUGGCCCUUUUAAUUAGAUUGAUGCAGUGGACGUUUUGACCGAAGUCGUUUGAGUUAUAACUAUCGCUCACCCUGGCACUGAGGCAGAGAUUCCGAAUCAACAAAGCAACUCAGUUUAUUCAAGUCUCCCAUACAAUUUGUGUGUGUAAUCAGAAGAUCCGGGCAGAUUCCCAUAACUGCCAAUCCAAUACUUUCAUCUACUAUUUGGGCCUCCUCGAGUGGUUAGGCAGGAAACUUUUGGCGGAAUACAUUUUUACUUCUCUUUUCCAUGUUCUGGCAUCUUUCAUCUCUCCUCUCCUAUCAAGGAAAUACAGGAAUAAAACAGUUCAAUGACUUAUACAGUAUUGUUCAGUCUUUUUGUGCCGAGGUAGAACUACCUAUACAGUUGAUUGCAAAACCGCUGCAAGCUUUUGCAGUCUCUAAUUGUUUCCCAAACCCUUGCUGGCAAGGGACACUAAACUAUGUUCA